CAUAACUCGUGUAACUUGCAUUCUUCCAUUAGCCGUUAGAUCAACUGAAUUUACGGACUUUCUUGCACAACAGUCUAUGAUGAUUGUGGAUUACGACAAGGAUGAUUUACUGGGCGAAGGCGUAGAAUCCUAUGUGUUUAAGGGCACUUUUGCUGGCGAUGAAGUUGCCGUGAAAAGGAUGGAAAAAAAAUUUGGACAAAAAAAAGCAAACGAGGAGAAAGAUUUUCAAACCCGCGAAGAAAAAGCCAUGAAACAAUUUAAUCACCCCAACGUUCUCAAAUUACUAGAGGUACAAGAAGAUGAAAAUUUCAAGUAUUUGAUAUUGGAACACUGUUUGGGAACACUUCUCGACUACAUCAAAGGAAAGUACACCGACCAGAUGCCUACAGAAAUCGACGGAAUGAUCCAAAUGGCUAGCGGAUUGCAAUACAUUCACGACCAGAAAUUUGUUCAUCGAGAUAUCAAACCCGCAAAUGUAUUGAUUUCUAAAUCUCACGUUCUGAAAGUAUCGGAUUUCGGACACUGCCGAGAAGUUACAGAAUCCGGAAGUUUCUCAAUGUCUAGCGGAGAAAAGGGUACCAGGAAGUACAACUCUCCGGAAUACCUUCACUUGGAAGAAGAGAAAAACAUAGAGGAAAGAAAAAAAAUUCGAGCUAAUGUUUCGACAGACAUCUUUUCUUUAGGCUGCGUGUUUUUUAGCUACAUCACAAAGGGCGGUCAUCCUUUCGCUGGUGGAAAGAAUUCCGAACAUACAACCGUCGCCAACAUCUACGAAGGCAAAAAAUCCAUGGACAACGUUGACUCUGGUCUAGCAAGGGAUCAUUAUGCAUUUUCGAUGAUUGACGGCAUGACGAAGGUUGGUGCAAACGACCGUUGGAGUCUGGACAAAGUUUUGGAAACUCUAAACAACCAGAAGCUGAAAUUUUCAGAAUAAGAAAAAGCAAAUUGAUUUUGUUUAACAAAUUAAGAUGCAUAUCACAAACGAAA